AUGAGGCGUAGCUACGAGAAUGCCUUGAGGCUCCUUGAGACAAGAAGGCGGAAAGCCCGACCGAAAACCCCCGCGGUACCCGCCCUGCCUCAAGAUUCCACGACCACUUUGAAAGGCGUACCUAGUUUGGUCGGAAUGAGGGAAUGGCUGCAGGCACUGGGACACUCUGAAAAUGACGUCGACAACCUGAAUAUAAUCCAUGUUACUGGCACAAAAGGGAAGGGCAGUACCUGCGCUUUCACCAGAUCCUUUCUUUAUACACAUGGCUUGAGAACAGGAUUCCCAAAGCGAAUCGGACUAUACACUUCCCCUGAUUUGCAAUGCAUCCGGGAGAGAAUACAGAUUAAUGAUCAACCAAUCACGGAAGAUCUCUUCACGCGGUAUUUCUUCGAGGUCUGGGAAACUCUUGCGUACCCAGAAAGAGCUGCAGAAACCGAGGGCUCAAGACAACCACGUUAUCUGCAGCUUCUGGCUUUGCUAGCAUUUCAUACCUUCAUCAAAGAAAAUGUCGACGCAGCGAUAUUCGAGACACACCAUGGCGGAGAGUAUGAUGCCACCAACGUGAUACGGAAGCCUGUUGUGACUGCGAUAACAUCUCUGGGGAUGGACCAUGUUGCACAACUCGGUCCUACUGUCAAGGACAUCGCUUGGCAUAAAUCGGGUAUUUUCAAACCCGGAGCACCUGCAUUCUCUGUUAUACAGGAGGCUGGACCUAGUGAAGUUCUACGGACACGUGCGACCGAAAGGAAUACUGAUUUGACAUUCGUCUCUCCCUCGAACACCCUCCCUGUCAACAAGAAAGUGCUAAGUGCUCCAGUACAACGAUUAAAUUGCUCUUUGGCUAUUCAGCUAGCUAGCAGAUUCCUACAGCUCAAGGAUCCCGAAAAUGUACUCGAUACCGAUGACAUAUCGAAGGGCAUCAACAAUUUCUCGUGGGCUGGCAGAUUUGAGGUGAUAGACAAAGGCAGUUCACGAUGGUUCUUGGACGGUGCGCAUAACACGCUGAGCCUUGAGCAAGUAGCAGAGUGGUUCUCAGAGAACCUACAUGCUGCAGAUACGCCAAGAUACCGUGUCCUUAUAUUUAGCCACUUUUCUGAAGAGCGCGAUGGAAUUGAUCUAAUGAAAUGCCUAGCUCAUGCACUAUCUAAGCACGACGCGAAGCCUGAUCAUGUUAUUUUCACUACGUACCACGAGAGAGAAGAUGGGACUGUGAGAAUAGACAAAACACUCAAAGUUCCAGAGACACCUUUCCCGGACCUUUGCACGACAUAUUCUUCGCUUUGGAAAGAAAUUCAUCCCCAUGCUACAGUCUCAACUGAACCAACUAUUGAGGGCGCCAUCAGGCUUGCGGAGCGAAUCAGUAUAGAACAAGGUGGCAUGCAUGCUUUUGUUACAGGGAGCUUACAUCUUGUUGGAGGGGCACUCAGUUUCUUGCGUCCCUAG